AUGUUCAAGCCGACCUCCCCACUGCUGAGUGGUUUAUUAUGGAAGAUUCCCUGGCGGCUCUCAAGCCCGCAGAAGGCCAGACAACGUAAACGUUUACGAGCAGUCGAUACCGUCGUCGAUACCGUGUAUGCUGCCCUCGAAAGAAACGGCGUUGGAGCAACGAAGCCCGUUGAACGAUGGUACCGCGAGAUGCCCAGAGAGGAGGAAAUGCUGCCGAAGGAUAAAUAUACGAUUUUCGACCGCAAGGAGAAGAAAUAUCGCAAGGGAAUACAUAAACUCCCAAAAUGGACCCGUAUCAGCCAGAGAGUUAACCCGCCCGGUUUCUAA